CAUGAUUCGUCGGACUUCAGGAAUAACCGAAGUGAAGUUGGCCGCGUCUGACUCACCGCCAUGUGCUCUCUCACUGCUGUUCGUAGCGGUGCGAAGGGAGGUUGGUUGUGAAAUGCGGAUAUCGAAGGUUAAUGCCGGGCGAUGAAUUUCGGAAUAAAAAGGGUGGUGAUCGGGAUGUCCGGGGGUGUGGACAGCGCGGUUUCGGCGUUAUUUCUGAAGAAAAAAGGAUUCGACGUCGUCGGGGUGUUCAUGCAAAACUGGGACAUCAGGGACGAAACGGGACACUGUUCGUCGGAACGGGAUCGCGAGGACGCGGCAAGGAUAUGUGAAAAACUCGGAGUGCCUCUGAACCACGUGAACUUUGUGAAGGAAUAUUGGAACGACGUUUUCAGCAAUCUCCUCAAGGACUACCAGACCGGUUACACCCCGAAUCCGGACAUCCGGUGCAACGAAUUCAUUAAAUUUCGAGCCUUCUACGAUUACGCCAGGAACGAAUUGGCCGCCGACGCCGUGGCCACCGGGCAUUACACUUCGACAAGUUUUGGCCCUUACCUCGAAGGAUUCGCUCCUGGCAAGAACGCGCGACUCCUGAAAGCGAAAGAUCCUGUCAAAGAUCAGACGUUUUUUCUGUCUCGAAUACCUCAGGAUUCGCUGAGACGCGCCAUGUUCCCGGUGGGGGGUCAUUACAAAAGAGACGUGAUAAAAAUCGCUCGGGAAAACGGCCUCAACGACGUUGCCAACAAAAAAGAGAGUAUGGGGAUUUGUUUCAUCGGUAGCCGCCGGUUUCAGGACUUCAUUUCCGAGUACGUGGAGAACAAGCCGGGAAACUUUGUAGACCUGGAGACGAGUUCGGUGGUCGGUAGGCACAACGGUAUCCAUCACUGGACUAUGGGUCAGAGAUGCAAAAUCGGCGGUGUACCGAAACCUUAUUUCGUUUGUCGCAAGGACGCCGACACGAACGACAUUUGGGUCGUACCGGGAACCAGACACCCAGCUCUCUUCUCGCGAAUCAUGAUUACCGAAAAAUUUCAUUGGAUAAAUCCCGAGUGGGGUGACCUGAUCGAUUCCCGGGGUAUACUGGAGUGCGAUUUCAGAUUUCAGCACACGAAACCCGUGGUACCCUGCGCGGUGUUCAGGACGAAGGAGGAUCGCUUCGUAGUCGCCCUCGGCGAGCCCGCUCGCGCCCUGACCCCCGGACAGUUCGCGGUCGUUUAUUCGAAAAACGAAUGUCUUGGGAGCGCCAGGAUCCUGACCGCGGGUCCUUCGCUUUAUUCCCUGAAUCGGGAAGUUCCGGCGGCGGACGGUCUGCGCGAGCGAGAUCUCGAUCCCGACGAGGACGACGACGAGGAGGAGGAUCAAGACUGCAGACAUCUGCAUGCUACCUAAUUUGUUCUCAAUAAAACUUUUUGAAUAAAACUUUUACCCCCCUACGACUUUUAACCUUCGACCUCCGGGCGAUGGAUUUCGAUUCUCAUUUUUUUUUUAAUACCUUCCCGAUUUCCGGCGACGAUUACGUCCGAACUAAGGCUUCGGAUUCCGACGAAGUACGUUGAGGUUAAAAAUUCAAGCGUUCGCGGCAAGCCGGGAAUCGACGUUCUGGUCCACGUUUCAACCGUGAGUGCGCGUUGAGCGUGUGCGGCUUUUCGAAGCCAACAAUAUUUCGUAUCGGGCCGAUCGGCGGACGGUAGAACGAGGGGAAGGAGGGGGGAAAGGGCGGUGCCGACACGUAGUAAACAGAAUCAAGAUUCGUAACAGCGUCAUUCCUAAUCCCGACCGUGUUUAGUGCGGGUCGUUCGAGCGUUCCCGAUAAUAAUCAAUUAUCCAGAUAUUUCCGAUAAGCCUACCAGAUACAAUCAGGGGAUUUAGCGUGGCUAAAUCCUUACAAUUAAUCGCGAUCUCGGAGAACCACGUGACCCCCACCCAGAGUCUAUUUGGAAACCGUUUCACACAAUUCACCGUCAAAUGCCCUCUGCCCUUCGACCUCUCGUCGUCGUUCGCGUUCGGGUCCGGUUCCACUGAUCAACGCGAGUGUGUUUUCCCCUCGUGACAAACAACGACAGUAUUCUCGCGCCCCGGCGUUUCACUGUUUUCGUGGUUGAAGAAAAAACUUUGCAACGGAUCUUCCGAGAACCCAAUUCGAAGUAACGAGAGUAGCCGAUCGUCUCCGAGUAUCCGUUGAUCCCGAGGUACACGGGGGUCGCGAAUACAAUCCACCCGGUGCGAUCCGUCUGCAGGUUAGGAAUCCCUCGCGGGACGCGGUCGGCGGAUAACUUUCCCCCGAAAAAAAAACACAAACCGGGAUAACCGGGAUCCCAGGAUGCACACGGCGUGCGGUCGUUUUUU